CUCGCUCGCACCCGCUGGGAACGCGCAGCGUGUAACUAAGAGGACCAAAUGAACACGUGGUUCCCCUAAUGAUGCGACGACCGGCGACGCCCGAUAGCAGACGCGGCGCCAUUUUGUAUUCAGUGACGCGUUUGCUUCGACGCGGAUUGACGCUUGUUUCGUUACGCGUUCCUCGUAAAAAUGGUAAGUGUUGAAACGGAGGAAUGGACUGAAGAUCAAUGUGUGCAAUUAAUAAGGGAAUUCAGAGCCAGACUUGAACUAUGGGAUCCGCAGAAUCCGUUUUAUUUUAAAAAGAAAAGAAAGAAUGCAGCUUGGGUCGAAAUCGGUGAGGUAAUGAACAGGCCCCCGUUGAAAUGUAAGCACAAAAUGGGUGUAUUGAUGUCUUCGUUAAGAAGAGAAAAGGCAAGGAUGAUGCACAGUAUACAAGCUGGAGACCCAUCGCAGUUUUACACAAGCAAUUGGUUUGGAUUUAAUGAAAUGAGAUUCUUGAUAGACAAAGGUGACAGAAAGCGGAGGAUUACGAGUGACAACACUGGAACCAGCAAAAAUAAAACUAACUCGAUCUUCAAGGAACAACUGGCAAAAUUAUGCCGCGUGCAGGCGCCGGCGAACGUUACACCUUCACCACCAGUGACCACAACAAUGACAGAGAAUGAAGAGGAAGUCAAAGCAUUUACUAAUUUCAUUGCAAGUAAAAUGAAAAAAUACUCAGAAACCACGAAAAACGCCGUACAACAAGCUAUUUCUGCAAUCAUUUUUAAAGCUGAUAUAGGUCACUUCGAUAAGGCGAAAUGUGACAGCCCAUCUACGUCACAAAGUCCCCACCCUUCUGGUAGUGGACUGGUGCUUUCAAACGACGAUAUUUUUGAGACUUCUAUUGUUAAAGAAGAAAAUGAUUACCUAAGUGGAGUAGAAUCGGAAAGUGAACAAGAGUAAAGAAAACAUUGUUGUAACUAGUGUUAAGUAAAAAUAAUAAAAAUUAAGAAUACUGUUGACAAGAGACAUAACUUUGAAUUAAAGAUUUCAGUAGUACCA